UUGCCGCCAAUGUAUUUCUUGUAAAAAACGAAUAUGGAAGCUGGACAAAUAAAAUGCCCAAAACCAACCACUUUCAUGUGGUAUUAGACAGAAAGGAGGAACUUUUUUUCUCCUCCAUUUGAAAACGUGGACGCUAUCAGCACUACUGUCUGAUUACAAUCAAUGCAAGUCAUCAGAAUCAGCACCUCCAGUUGCUUUCGGUCAGAGAGCUCAUGCGACAACCUGGAUUCCCUUCUUCCGACUUUCCUCGACUCCCAAGAUUCUACCGCUCUGUUUCGGGAAGAGUGCCAUGCUGGUCCCAACUGCCAGGACCCAUUCUGCAAGCACGGCCGAUGCUCCUACGGACACAGCACUUCAGUGGGUGGCGCUGUACCGAGUGGUCCAAGCAGUGCUGCCUGUGGCAGUGUGCAAUGUGUGGGAGACAGUUACUACGUGUCAGCUGACGUCAGCCAGUUUGAGCCACAUGACGUCGUGGUGAUGGCCUAUGACCGCCAUGUUGUCAUUCAUGCUGAGAAGGUCAUGGAUGACGGCAGCAUCAGGGACACGUUUACCCAUAAGUCCUUGUUUCCAAAGGACAUGAACCCCCUUUCUGUGUGUGGGACCAUACACCAUGAUGGAAUCUUGGUUGUCAGCGUCCACCGCAGCAAAGGUGCAGAUGGCCAGGAGUCUGUGGACGUCCCUCUCUAGGAAAAGAAAGUCCCCUUUGACCUACAUUACAGUACCACUUUCAAGUUCUGCUGAGAGCUCAGCUUGUUUUGGAGAAGACAUUUUACAGUCUUCUAUUAUUUGUUUACAGGACUUCCGGUUGAAGACUUUUACAAAUGCUUUCAGCUAAUGAGAAACAUUUGGUCUUUCUUUCAACCCAAUCUUACAGUAUGAAAG